UCGAUAUUAGAAAUAAAGACAUAAUCUGAGGCCGGGAGCAGCGCUUAAUUUGAUAAAAAAGAAAUAAAUAUAAUGGAGAGCAUUAGUGAGUUGAGAUGGAGAGGGAAAAGCCUUAAAGGUAUCCAAACAAAGUCAGGAAAGAAUGGAAGGGAGGAAUACGAAGACGAGCCGCUGAGUCCAUCAGCUCUGAUGUUUCACGAACCCAACUUCAACGUGCAUGUCAUAGCAGUGAUGGGGAGCAAGUGCACCCUCCAGCCUCAACUAAUCAAGGACACCCUGGUCCACACCUUGCUGAAGCACCCUCGUUUUACCAGCGUCCCGCUGCAGGUUGAGGACGAGCAGCAUAAAAUGAAAUGGGUGGUGACAGAGGUGGACUUGGAUCAACAUAUUGUGGUGCCGGAAUUGGAAACGGAUGAAGGCGAAAACAAUCCUCUCCUCCGCGGAGGGUCAUCGCCGGCGGACAAGCUCGUGGAAGACUACAUUUACAACCUGAGCAAAACAAGCCUCCCCAAAUCAAAACCGCUGUGGGACCUCCACCUCCUCAACCUCAGAACCUCCGACGCCGAGGCCGUCGCAAUCCUGAGAAUCCACCACUCGCUCGGCGACGGCGCGUCGCUCAUCUCACUGCUCUUGGCGUGCACGCGCCAGACCGCCCACCCUCAUCUCCUCCCCACCAUUCCGACGAAGAAAAGGAGGCCGCCGCCCAGCACCAUGUCGUCGACCUCCUAUGCAUCCCCGAAAUUCUGGACAUAUUUUGUGUCGAUGUGGCAUGUGGUGCUGAUGAUGUGGCACAGCAUAGUUGACGUGAUUAGGGCUGUCGCUACCGCCAUGUUCCUAAAGGAUACUGCCACUCCUAUCAAGGCUAUGCCUGGUUCACAGUUUCAUCCCAGGCGGGUCGUUUUUCGGACUUUGAGUCUACAUGAUUUCAAAGUCAUCAAGAACGCCAUGGACAUGACCAUAAACGAUGUUGGAUUAGGAGUCACGCAGGCUGGAUUGUCACGUUAUCUCAAUAGACGAUAUGGCGAGGGCAAGGAGAGCCAUUUAAGAGAUAGAGAUACAGAUAACGGGAAGCAUCUUCCUGACAACAUCCUACUUCGGUCAACACUUCUUGUUAACCUAAGACCAUCUGCUGGAAUACAGGCAUUAGCAGAUAUGAUGGAAAAGGAGUCAGAAGCGAAAUGGGGAAAUUGGAUUGGUUAUGUAAUCCUCCCAUUCAGAAUUGCGUUGCGGGAUAAUCCCUUGGAUUAUCUAAGAGAAGCCAAGCAAACCAUUGACCGCAAGAAACGUUCCCUCGAAGCGCUUUACACUUUUUUUAUAGCUGAGUUUGUACUUAAGCUUUUCGGCAUUAAGGUAGCAGGCUGGUUAUCACACAGGAUACUUGAGCACACGACAAUGUGUUUCUCCAAUUUGGUUGGCCCUGAAGAGGAAAUCGGGUUUUGUGGUCACCCCAUGGCAUAUCUUGCUCCUUGUUCUUAUGGACAGCCCCAU